UGCUACGUGUACGUAUGUAUGUAGGCGUAAUGAUUUUGUCUUUAAAUCGUACACGUAUGAUAGAAAGUUGAAUUGAAGAGGCGCAACUGAUCCAUGGAUGUUUUGCACAACCAACCAGUUGUAUUUACAUUUCAAGAGUAUUUAAGAAGCGUUGUCUAUUAUUUGAUCCUCCUUUUCUCAAACUUAAACUUGAGGGUUAAGCGUAAGAGCGAGAGUCUUUCAUGUUAAUCUAACUUUAUCAAGUUUUCGAAACUAGGAACAGCCAUUCAGUGUCUUCUCUGCCAGUCAUUUGGUUACAACUUGGACUCCUUUUCACAAAACCUUUACCAGAACUAUGACCGGCGGUGUGAGGAUAACCCUUCUGCGGCGACAAGCUUUGGAGAGUGCAGUGGAUCCUGCUAUUAUCUGAGGGUUUCCCAGUCCUUAACAAAGACAGACACCAACUCCUCUGUUAACUCACGUGACUGGGUACGUGGUUGCUUAGCAACGACCAGUGUCGAGGAAGGGUGUAUGAAUCUGACCUUGGCUAAUCUGGAGGACAUUCAGAACAUCCUCCCGAACAGUGUGUCAACUGUGACCGCCAUGGAGGGACGCCUGUGUGUGUGUAACUCAGACAGAUGUAAUGUGGAUACCACGAGUCUUGCGACAUUACCACAAGUUCCAGCAGUGGAAUGUCCCAAAUGUGAGUACAUGGAGUAUACCUCCAGCGACUUCAUGGUACAGUUACUCCUAGGACUUAUUGGGAACUGGUUUCUGGGGGAAAUGGACCAAAAUUGUGUUUCGAAUCCAUCCCAGACAAAGACGGUCAACUGCCGCGGGUCAUGUCUGAGCUCUGUGGGCGAUGGGACGAUGUCUAUGUCAUUGGUGACAGUCACUAUGAAGCUGACGGAGCGGUUAUGCUCUGCGAGUAAAUCUGCUGACGGAUGUUCACGAUUGACAGACAGUGACGCAGCCAUGACUGGGUUGUUUUCAUUGGAUUCCUUGACUGGCACCGGCCUGCAAAGUCACACCACAUCAGCCGAAGUCUGCACAUGUAACCAAAAUGGAUGUACCAGACCAAUGACAACACUUUCCGCUGUAUCUACAACCACGACCACGCCCACAAAGUCAUCUACGACCACGAAAACGCCCACAGAGUCAUCUACGACCACGACCACGCCCACAGAGUCAUCUACGACCACGACCACGACCACGCACACAAAGUCAUCUACGACCACGAAAACGCCCACAGAGUCAUCUACGACCACGCCCACAAAGUCAUCUACGACCACGGCCACGCCUACAAAAUCAUAUAUUACGACGGCCUCGCCCACAAAAUCAUCUGCCACUAGGACCACGCCCACAAAAACCACGCCCUCUAGUAUUACACCAAGGUCAACAAAAUUCACGCAUUCCACGACGACUUUGUCUUUGAGAUAUACCACAGGAAUUAAAGAUAACAGUUCAAGUACUGUAAAUCCUUCACACAAGCCUCAAACUUCAAGUAGCUGCGGCGUGUGCAAUCUGGAACUGUUGCUAACCACAAUAAUGGCUGCCACGUACUGCAUGUUAUGGUGUUUGUGUUAAGAUGACGAUCGGUCACAAGUACAUAACAUAUACAUGUGCACUUACCAGUAUCUGUGACUGCUGUGCACUCCACAUUGUAUGUGUGAAUGUGUCCCUUAUAGUGCUGGAACUAUUACUUUGGUCAUUUGCACAUAUCUUACACUGAUAAAUUGUUUUAUAAUAUUCUGUGUAAAUAAGCUUGUAACAAUUACAUGCUUUUCAAAACAACAGCUUAAUCAAAGUUAUUUGCAUUCAAAUAUUUCAGUAUCUUAUAAGACAGAUUCAGUAUAGAUUGUGUAACAUACACAGUGCCAGUAGGCCUACAUGUAACUGAUGCUGGGAUGGUUCUUAACUUAACAAAUGUGAAUAAUUUAAUUGUCUCUGUUCCGUCUCAUCAAGUUAUUGGACUUAAAUUGGCCAUCCUACUAUAAAGUUAAUAAAUUGUAACAACAUCCACUGCACGCACGUGGAAUAAUGUACAGUAAUAAAGUAAUCACUUUGCUAGGGUACAUGCAUUUCAUUGAUCCGGUUAAUGAUGGACGCAAGAAAAUGUUGGUGUCCUAAAACGCUUACCUCACUGCCCAGUGGCACUGGUGCAAAGC